AAAUAUUUAAAAUUUGUUAAAUUAAUUAAGAUAUCUUUUUAGAGACAGUAUUGUAUGAUAUGGAAGCAGCAAAGGGAACAGUGAAAGCUGUGGCUCUCCUCGUCGGAGAUAACAACGUUAGAGGUUCUAUUCAGUUUCUUCAAUACCUCAAUGGGAAUUAUACGCAUGUGACUGGAAAGAUAACAGGGUUAUCGCCAGGUCUUCAUGGCUUUCAUAUUCAUGCCCUUGGUGAUACCACCAAUGGCUGCAUCUCUACCGGUCCUCACUUCAAUCCACUGAAGAAGGAUCACGGAGCUUCUACGGAUGAUGAGCGACACGCCGGUGAUUUGGGUAACAUUGUUGCAGGACCUGAUGGAGUUGCUUUGAUUUCUAUCAAAGAUCGACAGAUUCCACUAAGCGGAGUUCAUUCGAUACUCGGGAGGGCCGUCGUUGUUCAUGCUGAUCCGGAUGAUCUUGGAAGAGGUGGACAUGAACUCAGCAAGACUACUGGAAAUGCAGGCGCAAGAGUAGCAUGCGGUAUCAUUGGACUCCAGUCAUCUGUUUAGGAUAUUUGGACUACAAAUAAUUGAUAAUCUUCAUAAAUGGUGUAUACAAUGUAAUGUUGAUUUCUCUAUAAAACUGCAAUUAUGUUGUAACUACAUUUAUAGCAGUUCCAGUAAUUACAAGUUCAUAAGUUUUCUUUAUGCUGAGUUGUAACUGUUGUCAAAGAUUUCAUCCAAUAAUAUAGAUCAAAUGGUUGUGAUUA